GGAAAUAUUAAUGUAUUUGCUGUAUUGCUAAGAAACUUCCUUGUUUUUUCCUCUAUAAAAGAAGACUAGACCACAUAAAAUUCCCUCAAUUAGUAAAGCAAAAACACAGUUAAUCAAAGUUGAGAGAUGACAGAUGUUAAGUUGCUUGGUCUAUGGUAUAGCCCUUUUAGUCAUAGAGUUGAGUGGGCUCUAAAGAUUAAGGGUGUCAAAUAUGAAUAUAUUGAAGAUGAUCUACAAAAUAAGAGCCCUUUGCUUCUUCAAUCCAAUCCAAUACACAAGAAAAUCCCAGUGCUCAUUCACAAUGGCAAGCCCAUUUGUGAGUCUAUGGUAAUUGUUGAAUACAUCGACGAGACAUUUGAAGGACCUUCCAUCCUGCCUAAAGAUCCUUACGAUCGUGCUUUAGCUCGUUUUUGGGCUAAGUUCCUUGAUGAUAAGGUGGCAGCGGUAAUAAAUACUAUCAUACGCAAAGGAGAGGAGCAAGAGAAAGCUAAAGAGGAAGCUUAUGAUAUGUUGAAAAUUCUUGAUAAUGAGCUCAAGGACAAGAAAUUCUUUGUGGGUGACAAAUUUGGAUUUGCUGAUAUUGCUGCAAAUUUGGUAGGAUUUUGGCUAGGAAUUUUUCAAGAAGCCUCUGGAGUCGUAUUAGUAACAAGUGAAAAAAUUCCAAAUUUUUGUGCUUGGAGAAAUGAGUAUAUUAAUUGCAGUCAAGUCAAGGAAUAUCUACCUCCAAGAAAUGAUGAGUUGCUUGCUUUUUUUCAAGCUUUUGUUCGCGCUGCGGCUACAGCUUCUGCUUCUACUCAAAAAUAAAUAUAUCCUCAAUCAUCUUAUGAUGUUUUAAAUUAUGUGUUGGAAUAAAAUUGUGAAUCUAAAACAAUUUAAAUUCAAUUAUGUAUUCGUAAGCGAAAGAAAAGAAUUGAAAUAUUGCCCCAUUUACUUAUGCUUCUCUCAAAUGGGGAUUUUUAUUUAUUACUGUUAAUUAAAUUGCUAUUAAGCACACUAUUUAGUGACUCUA